CUAAGGUUUGCUAAAUCAAACAGCCAAAAACACACCAAUAAGAAAUAUUCUCCACUCUCUUUCUUUAACUGUUAAAAAAACAGCAAAAAUGGCAGCUUCUGCUCAGCGAUCAACCGGACCAGUACUCCGUUCACUUUCACCAGCCGGUAGAUUCUACUCAACGACGUCUAGAAAAACGUCAUCGUUUGGAACGUCAGUUUCUGCAUCAUCAUCAAUCCGGUUCCCUCUAGACCGUACUGAAACAACUUCACAAAACCGGUCUUUUUCUGUUACGAACAGACAAAAAACUGAGAAAAAGACGACGUGUAUGUGUUCACCUACGAAUCAUCCAGGUUCGUUUAGGUGUAGUAUGCAUAAGAAAAUGGAUCAUGUUCGAACAAGGAGUAGUAGUACUAGUCAUCAAACUGCGUCGAAUUCGAUUAGAUUGCAUAUGAGGAGAUCAGCGAUGACAAAUUCGUUAGUGAGAAUUGGAACUGUUGAAGGUGAGCUUGUUAAGAGAGCUUUGGCGGCUUUGAUUAGACCGUCAUCUCAUCAACAACGCCGCCGUGCUGAUUUCCAGCGACGACCUAGUCGGCUCUCCCUUAUAUCUUGAGCCCUGUCAUAUUAAAAUUUGGUCUUAGGUCAUUAAUUUUAUUGAGACGCCUUUGAUGAGAUGCGAGUGCAUCCAAGGUUCAAUCCGUUAUAGUGUUCAUAAGAAAAUGGAUGAUCUAUAGAAGUUUCUGUUAAA